AUGUCUACUUCUUGGUCGGAGAUUCCUACAGAUCUCUUAUACUUAAUCUUAUCCAAGCUCUCGAUCCACGACCUCUUUUGCUCCGCCGCCGUAUGCUCACAUUGGUCUGCCGUGGUUGAUAAGGUCCGCCGCAGCCCCGGUGAUCAACUUCCUCAAAUCCCAUGGCUUGUGCCGGAAGAGCAAUUCCUCAUAGAUGGAAAAUCUAACAAUCGAAACAACUACAACUUCUUCAGCUUAGCUGAGGGCCGCGUGUAUGAUAUCCCGAGCCCUUCUCGCAUCCUCAAGGAUCUCCUGAACCCUAUCACCCGCGCGCAUAUCAACCUUCCUAAUUUCCCCACCGUGGACGACCAGAAUUUGGAGGCCGUCAAGGCGGUGUUGUCCUCAGAUCCCUCCAAAGGCGGAGAUUACUUCGUCGCCUUUGUGUUCUUCUGCCCUUCUACGCAGAAAGAGUUUUUGUUCUUUGUUAAUGCAGAGGAUGAGAAGUGGAAGAUGAUAGCUGGAGGUGAUUAUUACUAUGAUGACAUAGCCUUUCACGGUCGUCACAAGAGCAAGCUCUAUGUGGUGGUAGGAGAUGAUGAACACGACGAAGUGAUGGUAGUGGCGUAUGAUCUCAUCACGCCGGAUUCGACUCUGACAUCGACGCCGGUGGUAGCUCUGUCGGACAUCAUUUCGUAUUUUGAUAUCGUCUGGUAUUUUCUCUGCACGUCUUCGGAUGAUGAUCUACUGCUCACACGGAUCAUGACGAAAAAAUCAAAAAAAAAUAUUUACGAAUUGGAGGUUUGGAAGAUCGAUACAGAGAAAUGCGUUAUCAGCACAAUGAAUAAUUUGGGGGAGUAUACUCUGUUCUUGAGCGCGGCUUCUUCUCUUUGCAUUGAUACGUCUUCGUUGCCGGAUUUGAAGUCGAACUCCAUUUAUAUCUCUAUUGACUUGUAUAGUAUUGGCAUUAGUGAGAACUGGAUUUACAGCAUGGAGGACGAAAGGUUCACCUCAUUGAGUUUGCCGGCAUUAUCAUAUCGAAAGCGACGACGGCGGCGGCGGCGGCCAGUACUAGUUUGGUUUGCACCCAGUAUUGCAUUGAAUGCGGAUCCAAUAUUGUAA